AUGGCGGCCUGUAAUGACCCAACCUUCUCUGCUUCUAAGAUCACCAUCUGCGUGUUACUCAUAAUCCUCAUCCUCAUCACCGUUGCUGGCAAUGUCAUUGUCUGCCUGGCUGUGGGCCUGAACCGCCGGCUCCGCACCCUGACCAACUGCUUCAUUGUGUCCUUGGCCAUCACUGACCUGCUCCUUGGCCUCCUGGUGCUGCCCUUCUCUGCCAUCUACCAGCUGUCCUGCACUUGGACCUUUGGCCAGAUCUUCUGCAACAUCUAUACGAGCCUGGACGUGAUGCUCUGCACGGCCUCCAUCCUCAACCUCUUCAUGAUCAGCCUUGAUCGGUACUGUGCCGUCACUGACCCACUCCGCUACCCUGUGCUCGUUACCCCCAUCGGGGUCGCUAUCUCCCUGGUCUUCAUCUGGGUUAUCUCCAUCACCCUGUCCUUCCUGUCUAUCCACCUGGGGUGGAAUAGCAGGAACAGGACCACCAGUAACAACCAGACCACCUCUAACUGCAAAGUCCAGGUCAAUGAGGUGUACGGCUUGGUGGACGGGCUCGUGACCUUCUACCUCCCUCUGCUCAUCAUGUGCAUUACCUACUACCGCAUCUUCAAGAUCGCCCGGGAGCAGGCCAAGAGGAUCAACCACAUCAGCUCCUGGAACGCAGCCACCAUCAAGGAGCACAAAGCCACAGUGACCCUGGCGGUUGUGAUGGGGGCCUUCAUUGUGUGCUGGUUCCCCUACUUCACCGUGUUUGUUUACCGUGGGCUCAGAGGUGAUGAGGCCAUCAAUGAGGUCAUUGAAGACAUUGUUCUGUGGCUGGGCUAUGCCAACUCAGCCCUGAACCCCAUCCUGUAUGCUGCAUUGAACAGAGACUUCCGCAUGGCGUACCAGCAGCUCUUCUGCUGCAGGUCUGCUGGCCACAACUCCCAGGACACGUUUCUGAGAGCCUCCAACUCUCAGAUAUCCAGGAGUCAAAGCAGAGAGCACAAGGGGCAGGAAGACAAGCCCCUGAAGCUGCAGGUGUGGUGUGGAAACGAGGUUACAGCCCCACAAGGAGCCACAGACAGGUAA